AGGGGCACCCUGUCCGGCGGCGCUCUAGCCCCCGCGCGCUGUCUCUAUGCUCCCCCUGCGUCUGGUCUAUUUAUUGUCGCGGGGAAGAAGCGGCCGCCCAGUACCCGGAACAACAAAGCGAGAAAGACGGAGCCCGAGCCUCGGGGGCUCCUAGCAACGGGCCGGGGCGGGAGUUCCAUGGAGACUGGGGAGCGCGCCCGCCUUAUCAUCAUCCUUGUCCUCCAGCUUAUCCUUCGCGUCCGACGUAACCGGCAGCAGCGCUGCCGCCGCGUUCUCUGCCGCCGCCCCCUCUUCCCACGAGGUAGCUGAAACUGCCGCUCCGCUCUCGUGAUUCAGGCAGCUCAGGAGUGACUGCAUACGAUUGGAGCAGUAUUUGUUUAUGGAUGUGAUCUUCGUGGUGGGAAGCUAAGUUUUUAAACUACCCCAAUGGAUGCAGACAGUGAUGUUGCAUUGGACAUUCUAAUUACAAAUGUAGUCUGUGUUUUUAGAACAAGAUGCCAUUUGAACUUAAGGAAGAUUGCUUUGGAGGGAGCAAAUGUAAUUUAUAAGCGUGACGUUGGAAAAGUAUUAAUGAAGCUGAGAAAACCUAGAAUUACAGCUACAAUUUGGUCCUCAGGAAAAAUUAUUUGCACUGGAGCAACAAGUGAAGAAGAAGCUAAAUUUGGUGCCAGGCGUUUAGCCCGCAGUCUUCAGAAACUAGGUUUUCAGGUAAUAUUUACAGAUUUUAAGGUUGUUAACGUUUUGGCAGUGUGUAACAUGCCAUUUGAAAUCCGUUUGCCAGAAUUCACAAAGAACAAUAGACCUCAUGCCAGUUAUGAACCUGAACUUCAUCCUGCUGUGUGCUAUCGGAUAAAAUCUCUAAGAGCUACAUUACAGAUUUUUUCAACAGGAAGUAUCACAGUAACAGGGCCCAACGUAAAGGCUGUUGCGACUGCUGUGGAACAGAUUUACCCAUUUGUGUUUGAAAGCAGGAAAGAAAUUUUAUAAUUCAUCAUGUAAUUGGUUAGAAUCCCUAACUGAGCACCUUUUAAAACCUGCUGCACAUUGGACUCAAAACAAAAGGAAAACUGGACCAACAGUAAUUGAGGAAAUAGACUCUUUUAUUCAUUCACGGCUACAGUGUAAGCUCCAAGCCCUUUGGAUUUUAUUUCAAACCUUGCUGUAAUAUAAAAAGGAAGUUUACAAGACAUGACAUUGCUGCUUUUACAAAAGGACAUUCUAUUUAUUUUCGCAGUAAUUCUCAUGUCCCCCCGUAAGCAGAGCUGUCACAGUGUGCACUACCUUGAAUUGUUUUGUUAUUGUCAUUAUUUCUUCCCAGUUUGAGCUAAUGUGUUUUAUUUGUGAAUAGUCUUUUACAUUUUUGUAUGCUGAAUAUGGGCACCAAAGAACCUGUAAAAGUUAUCUUUUUCAAUUGAAUGUGCACAAAUAAAAGUUUGGAAAAGA